AUGAGCAAAGAGAACCAAACUCACCUGACUGAAUUCAUCUUAGUGGGCCUUUCUUCCAAUCAUCAGACCCAGAUCCUGCUCUUUGUGGUUUUUCUCAUUAUCUACCUGCUGACCGUGUCUGGGAAUCUGCUGAUUAUAUUUCUAAUUUAUGUUGACUCUCGACUUCAUACACCAAUGUACUUCUUCCUUAAAAAUCUGUCAUUUACGGACCUCUGUUUCUCCACAACUAUCGUUCCCCAGAUGCUACUUCAUUUUCUGGUCAUAAGAAAGGCCAUUUCCUUUAUUGGGUGUUCCAUUCAGAUGUUUUUUUUCCUAAUAAUGGGAUGUACAGAGAGCUCGCUUCUAGCAGUGAUGUCCUAUGACCGCUACAUAGCUGUGUGCAAGCCCCUACACUACUCCACCAUCAUGACCCACAGGGUUUGCAUUCUGCUAGUCAUGGGGUCCUGGGCUAGUGGGGUAAUUGUGUCUUUAGUAGACACCACAUUCACUUUAGAUCUUUCAUAUCAGGGGCUGAAUGUAAUUAAUCAUUAUUUUUGUGAGCCUCCUGCACUCUUGAAACUGGCUUCAGAAGAAACAUACAAAGCUGAGAUGGCCAUCUUUGCAAUGGGUGUAAUAAUCCUCCUAGGCCCUGUCUCUUUGAUCCUUUUUUCCUACUGGAAUAUUAUCUCCACUGUGAUUCAAAUACAGUCAGGAGAGGGAAGGCUCAAAGUAUUCUCUACCUGUGGUUCCCAUUUCAUUGUUGUUGUCUUCUUCUAUGGGUCAACAAUAUUUACCUACAUGCAGCCAAAUGCAAGGAAAAUGAAUGAAGGGGACAAGGUAAUCUCAGUGUUUUACUCAGUCAUAACAUCCAUGAUGAACCCAUUUAUUUACAGCCUAAGGAACAAAGAUGUGAAGGCGGCAUGUAGGAAACUUUUUAGAAGAUAG